ACAAGAUUCGCAACAACAACAAUGCCAAGCGUCAAGCUCAAACAUCAUUCUCCAUCUGACACCAUUUCCUCUUCCUCCUCCGACUCCGUCCGUCUCCUUUCUCGCGAAACUCUCCGCAUCAGCGCCUCUCUCGCUUCUCCUCCCGUUGAUGAUCUCCCUCCCCACUCUCCUCCAUCUCCUGAUUCCCAAUUUCUUCAUUCAACUCUUAGAUUGAUCUGUUGCGAAGAAAUCGAUGGCCGUCGAUUUAAGUAUGUCGCUGAGAGCGAUGGUUCUGGGAGAUUCAAAAAGAAUUCAGUUCGUGCUAUUAGCUUGGAGUCUCCUCAGACUCCUUUUGAUGAAGUGGGUUCGUUUCUUAGAUCUUACGUUGUACCUGAAGGCUUUCCUGGGAGUGUUAAUGAGUCUUAUGUUCCCUAUAUGACUUGGAGAGCUUUGAAACAUUUCUUUGGUGGAGCUAUGGGUGUGUUUACUACUCAAACUCUUCUUAAUUCUGUUGGAGCUUCAAGAAAUAGUUCUGCUUCUGCUGCUGUUGCCAUCAAUUGGAUUCUCAAGGAUGGUGCUGGGCGUGUUGGAAAAAUGCUUUUUGCGAGGCAGGGAAAGAAAUUUGAUUAUGAUUUGAAACAGUUACGGUUUGCUGGUGAUCUUUUAAUGGAGCUGGGUGCUGGGGUAGAGUUGGCGACGGCUGCAGUUCCACACCUUUUUCUUCCACUAGCUUGUGCUGCUAAUGUUGUUAAGAAUGUUGCAGCUGUAACAUCAACGUCUACUCGUACACCGAUCUAUAAAGCCUUUGCUAAAGGAGAAAACAUAGGAGAUGUCACUGCUAAAGGAGAGUGUGUUGGUAAUAUUGCAGACCUGAUGGGAACUGGGUUUAGCAUCCUGAUAUCCAAAAGAAAUCCUUCGUUGGUCACAACAUUUGGUCUUCUAUCAUGUGGCUAUCUCAUGAGCUCGUACCAAGAGGUUAGAUCUGUAGUACUGCAUACACUAAACCGUGCGAGAUUUACAGUAGCAGUGGAGUCCUUUCUUAAGACGGGGCGGGUUCCCUCACUGCAGGAAGGUAAUAUCCAAGAAAAGAUAUUCACUUUUCCAUGGGUGGAUGAUCGGCCAGUGAUGCUUGGAGCCAGAUUUAAGGAUGCAUUCCAAGACCCCAGCACAUAUAUGGCUGUAAAGCCUUUUUUCGAUAAAGAAAGAUACAUGGUGACAUACAGUCCUACCAAGGCUAAAGUCUAUGCACUGCUCAAGCAUCAGGCUAACUCAGAUGACAUUCUCAAAGCGGCAUUUCAUGCACAUGUGCUUCUUCAUUUUAUGAAUCAAUCAAAAGAUGGUACCCCAAGAUCGGUGGAGCAAUUAGAUCCAGCUUUUGCUCCUACGGAAUAUGAACUCGAGUCUCGUAUUGCUGAGUCGUGUGAAAUGGUUUCCACAUCAUAUGCCAUCUUCAAGAGCAGGGCUGCAGAACAGGGUUGGAGAAUGUCAGAAUCUCUGCUUAAUCCUGGCCGGGCUAGGUUAUGUCAUAUGAAGGAGGAGGAGUAGGCAUACAUCGCUUGGUGAGGCUGGUCAUCGACCUGAAUCGGCUUUUAUAGUUAUUUCCCUGUCACACUCUAAAUUUUGCUGUUUUGGUUUCAUGUAGAAAAAACAGGUUUUGGUUGGUACACGUUUUAUUAACCAUGCUGUAAAAAAUAGAAAAUAUGUAGCAUU